UUUGCAGACAUCCACACAGGGGGACCUCUCUCUUGUUUUCUUCCUUGUCAUUUUGGAACCUAGCGAAUUUAAAAGAAGAUCCUAUUUUUUCUUCAGCCUAUGAUCGGAUUCAAGCCCCAGCGCAGCUUUAUUAUGGCACUUGUUUUAAGAAAAACAUGUUUUUUUCACCCGAAUACCCUUGUUUUUUGUCAUCCACGGCGGAUUUAGCCUAGGUCUGACCCAGUUUUAGUGCGUUUGCCUUCCCUGCAUCCCAUGUGUUAGUCCGAGCCUUCAGUGGAGAUGUUUUCGGCAGGAGAGGAGCUUAAUUCCAAUUUGUUUACCUCACUGAAGGAGUCCCCUGGAGCUGCAAUAUCACCAACACUGGAGCUCAGUCUCACUGCCGUCUACACCUUCCUCUACUCAUUUCUGUUUGUUUUCGUGUACCUGCAGCUCUGGCUCAUUUUGCACUACGGACACAAGCGCUUCAGCUUCCAGAGUGUGUUUUUGUUUCUGUGCUUGCUCUGGACUGCAUUGAGGACGACCCUCUUCUCUUUCUACUUUAAAAAUGUGGUGCAGGCCAACCAGCUGCAGCCUCUGGCCUACUGGCUGCUCUACUGCUGCCCUGUCUGCCUGCAGUUCUUCACCCUAUGCCUCCUCAACCUCUACUUCACACAGGUGAUGUUUAAGGCUAAAGCCAAGUAUUCUCCAGAGCUCACUAAAUACAAGGUUCCUCUGCGUCUGUUCUUCCUGUGUCUCAGUAUAUUUUUCCUGGUGGUAAAUGUAACUUGUGCGUUGUUAGUGCAAGGAGCUCUGGAGCGCUCUGAGUCACCAAGUGAUGGGGGAAUCAGACACGCGGUGCUGACCCGGGUCCUGAUCAACGACAGUCUGUUUGUCCUGUGUGCCGUCUCUCUGGCCGUCUGCGUCUUCAAGAUCGCCAAAAUGUCCUCUGCAAAUGUUUACCUCGAGUCCAAGGGUGCAUCAGUGUGUCAAGCUACAGCCAUAGGAGCCGUGGUGAUCCUGCUGUACACAUCCAGAGCCUGCUACAACCUGGUGGUGGUGGCCCUGUCGCCGCAGGACAGACCCAACCCCUUCAACUACGGCUGGUUCAGCGUUUCCGAUCAGGCUGAUGUGCAAGAGAUCAGCGGUGAAGCCUACAUUGUGUUUGGGAUCAUUCUGUUCUUCUGGGAGCUGCUACCUACAAGUUUAGUGGUGGUUUUCUUCAGAGUCCAGAAACCCAACCAAAACCUGGCUCCAGGAGGGAUGAUCAACAGUCACAGUUUCAGCUCCAGAGCUUAUUUCUUUGACAAUCCUAGACGGUACGAUAGUGAUGAUGACCUGUCAAGAAGCAUUAAUAGUAGGAGUGAUCGAGCCAGCCUUCUCUCCAAUACUCCCCAGCUGGGCACGUCCAGUUGGUAUGGCGCCAUCCAACGCAAUGGAACACUGACGGCAGGCGUCGGGACCGCGCAGCAGGCGCCAUCUUCUACGGCCCCCCUGCUAUUCGCCUACGGAAACAUCCAGAGUGACAACCCGCAACAUCACAACUAUUACUCCACCCCGCAGAAUAACAACUACCACCAUCACCAUCAUCACAGUAACUACUAUUCCACGCCACAGAAUUAUUACUCUGGGUCACAAACGUAAUUCUGCACCCCACAGAAUUAAACUGGGUUAGAGUUAAAAAGACUAAUAGCAAUUUCCUGUCACCAUUUAGCUUCCCCAGACCAUCAUUGCAGGUACUUUUGAAUGAUAUUCUGAGGGAUUGCUUUGGACCAAGUUGGGCCUAAAAGUUGGUUCGAAAUGUGGUGGCAUCAGUAGCUGGGGAGUUGUUUUGCCAUGGCCUUUUUUAGGACAUUACUGUCUCUAAAUUAUUGGAUCAGAUAUAAAACACUGGACGCAUGUAACAGAGUUUUAGCGAUAAUCUGUCUAAUACACCUAAAACCGCAAAGACCAAACUCUUUCUGUUAAAUGUUUUAGUCACACGAUUGGAAUCAUUAGGGACCAGAUAAUCAUAGCCCUCAUCAUCUUCUUGUAAAUUGGAUCCAAUUAUGGAACAUAUCAUUCCGCUCAGACAAGAGCCAUAUAGCAGGCUAGCUAACAUGGCUAAUGAGGAAGCUGCCAUGGGCUGUUGUUCAACAGUUCUUAACACACAGACAUUAUAUUGACUUGACAUAGGUCAAAGUGUUAUUUGGGUUGUCAAAAGAGUUGUAUGACUGUUUUUAGUCAGCAUGCAUAUUAUACAAUCGCCAUUUAGCAUAAAGAAGGGUAAUUUGGCAGGAAGAGAACAGUGUAGGAUUCUGGCCUGCUAGCUUAAACUAAUUCUUAAUAAGGCUUCUCUGACAAUGAAAAACAGAUGCAUCUACAUAGGGUAUUUUAUGUUGUUUCUUACCUUUAGGUCUGGUUACGUUUGACAGGAAUUAGCAGUCGCUAAUUUGCCAUUGACUGUUGUAGCAGUGAGAGCUACCUUAUCGCCUCCUCUAACAGUUAGCUUAACUCAAACAAAGAAAAUUCCCAGAGACCUGUCAAAACUGAAUUGCAGAAAAACAAAUCAAACUUUCAUCUAUCCUUAACAUACUUGGCAAUAUUAUUUUGUUGGUGGCAAAUUAUCUUUUCUUCAAACAGUGCUUGUUAGGUUUGGUGCCACAGAAAUAUAACACCAUUAGCAAGCUUAAGACUUUAACCUUCCUACUCAGUAGGCUACUGGAUUUUGGUUUAACAUGUAAAAAAGGCUUAUUACAGUAAUAAUGUAAUCAAAAAUACUGGUCAGUUUUUUUUUCGGGGUUCAUAGGUGUCAUCCAUGUAAACUGCUUACCGCUGCAAAAGUGAGAUGUAUGUAGCAUCCAUAUGCUUGGUAUCGUCAAUCUCAACAGCACAAGCUUGAUCAAUAUUAGUGUGUGAAAAUGUAACAUCUAACAUUUAUUAUAGAAGUUAAUGGUGGAGGAACAGUUUCAACUGAUGACUUAAAUGACCGACUCAGGCUUUUAACUAAAUUUGCUCGGUUCCGAGAACAUGCCAGGCUGUUGGAUUAUUUAAACAGCAGCCUAAUCCAGGUUUACUUCCCCAUUAAUAAUACAAUGGAAACUACAUUACAACCUAUAACAGGGAGUGCUGAAUGUUUGGGAUUAAAAAACAUAUCAUAGAUUCUACUGGACAGUAGCACUAUCAUUUGGAGGAUAUUUAAAUGAAAGUAUCAACCUGCAUUCAACUUUGGAAGAGCCCUAGGAUUGUACAUUACCACGUUGAAAAUAUCAUAUUUUUGACCAAAAAAGAUUCGCUGAAGCAACAAUUUGCACUUAGAAAAAAGUUCACCUUAAGAGAAAAAAGCAUUACUUGUUUUAUGCGUGUUCUCCAAUCAUCGUCUGUAUUUAAUAUUUAUCCCUUUUGAGAAAGAAAAUAUCAAUGUGCCAUCACAUUAAGUCAUGUCUUAUAGUUUCGUUCCUAAAGGAAAAUAUUUUUGCACAAGAGCGAUCGGAUAAUGUAUUUUUAAAGGUUUGUGUGUCACCUUAAUCGAUUUCUAAUCUAUGUAUUUUGGAAUCUGUAUGUGUGUGUGAUCUUACAUUUCAGUUUUUAAAGGUUGCUUUUAUACAUUUAUAUUUUUAUUGUUUAACAGAUUUGUAUAGUUUAUUUUUUUCUCCUAUUGUUCAUUAUCUCUUAUAUCUUCUGAAUUUCUUGUCAGACUGCAGCCUGUAAGCAAUAUUUCACUUUGAUGGAACAUUUGUGGCAUAUAUGACCCAGCUCUUAGAUCAAAGUCAGUGUACGCAUCUGUGCUAAGUCAGAACUGAAUGAGAGAAAUGUGACCCAACAUCACGGUACUUAAACAGACUUCAGCUGUCAUGAAACUCAAUCUGUAAAUGACCAAGCAAACAUUGACUUCAUACCAGAAAACACAGGACACUGAAAUACGAUGGAAAUGAAGCUGUUUCAGAAAUAAUAUCAUCUGCAGUGCAUGCAUCAGAGUGCAAGAUCUCAGUAUCAUACUUUUUUCCCAAGGUGAUAUAAUUUAUGUAAAAAUGUUGCCCUAUCUGCUUCAAAAUGGCAGAGAUUAUUGUGUUAUGAUUUGUUCAUCAUGUUAUUGAUUGUUUUAUCUGUGGCCAUAUUGAAUGUAACCUGACGGAUCACUAACGAUGUAUGCAAGAAAAGCACUACCAUGUUUAAAUAAAGGCCUACUGCACUGUUUUUAAAACUAAAAUAACCCGUAUUUCAAAUGUUGUUCUGUAAAAGUGUUAAAGGGGAAAUGACCCUUUCUACCUGGCAGUUUCACACAGAAUACAAGUGUGAUCACCACCAUAACUGUGCACAGACAUGCUAGUCAUGUGCCUGAGUUUAACAGUUAACAAGUUUAUAAGGAACAUCCGAAUUAAGCUGAGACCGCAGCUGGUCGAUCACUGCGAGACACGGCAGGCUGUGUAUCUCUGCUGAGACAUAAACACACGUGAUGCAAAGGAAUCCACAUGUUUCACUAUGCUGUGUUUCUGCAAACAACAUUUGCAAUGAUUGAGCAUUUAUUUUUUGAACAAGCAACACAUUCUCAAAGUCUGAUGAAUAAUUUCGUACAGAUAGCUCGGAGUAGGCCGACGUAUGACUGUUAUUGCAAAAUUUGAAAUCAUAAUAUAUAGAUUUUCCAGUAAAGAUCUUGUUUUAUGUAACAAUGAUUUUAGACAAUAUGUAACCUAAUUAAAUAUCCAGAAUCCUGAAAAAAAAGAUCCUUGUCAAGCCUGCAUUUGGAAUAAAUUAGAUUUCUUUUAAAUGAUUAGUUCAGAAACACACAAAACAAAAAGGCAGCCAGAUUCAAAGACAUUGUAAAGAUUUCCAGUGUUUCUAGUAUCCCCCUUAAAAAUGUAUAUUAUGUGAAGCUGAUUUACAUUAUCAUGAAAUGUGAUUCUUGUUUACGCCCAAUUUUUAUUUUUUAUUUUACUAUUAUUUGUU